UGCGCCUGGGCCGAUCGACAGGUAGUCGAAGUUCGAUCGUCGCUACUUACGCACGUAACUGUUCUCGGCGCUACCAUUGCAACGGUUUUUAUAAAGUGAAUGUUUAAUUUUCAAAGUGAGUUAUUACAGUAAUUGUGAUGGAUUCUCAAACUUCAGGGUCUUCUAGUGCCUCUGGCUUUAAAGUAGUUACUCGGAAGUACUUGUUCGACCAGAUGCAAAGUCAAGAUUUACCAAAUUUCGGUGAAAAACUGGACUAUUUGGAAAAUAAUCUGCUGGAGUGUUAUGGAGUUACUGAAGAGAGUAAAAAGACUCUGAAGCAUAAUUUUUCCUACAUAAAAUCUCAAAUGAAACAAAGGUGGUUGAAAGCACACAAAGUAGAAGAAGUUUUUUUAAAAAAUAACCAGUCCUGGUUAGAGGGCACUUUUGAAAUUCCUAUUGAAACGCCUCGCCAAGGCCGACCUUGCAAAUCCUUUGCGGAUUCAAGUGAACGUAGCAAGAGGAGAAAGACUGAGGAAAUACGUUCGUCUACAGAACCAGAGGUCAUUGUACAUGCCGCACAAGUAGUUUUGCAAAAGGAUGGCAAAAGGGAUGCCUCGACAGUUCUCAAAGACGUUACGAAAUCGCCGACCCGGGCUAGUAAAUAUAGGAAAGCCUAUUCCAAGGCGAGUGAUAUGAUCGCUCCUUUGACCCCAUUUCAGACCCUGAAAAUGUUUGUAGAAGCCGAUCUCACUCGGCAGCAGUAUGAAAUAAUAAGGCAAAACAAGAAUGCUAUCCACCAAAAAGUGCUUUACGGGUAA